AAAAUCAUUCAUCAUCUCUCUUAACUCAUCAUUACACAGACAUAGCAAUGGCUCAGUAUCAUCAACAGCAUGAAAUGAAGCAGACAAUGGCAGAGACACAGUAUGUGACAGCGCCGCCACCGAUGGGUUACCCGGUGAUGAUGAAAGACUCUCCCCAAACUGUGCAGCCUCCUCAUGAGGGUCAGAGCAAAGGCAGUGGUGGAUUUUUACGUGGAUGGUAAUUUUAUCUUUUUCAUCUAUCUAUAAUUGUUUCUCCUUUCUUUUCCUUUGUAUAUUGAUCUUUUUUUUCUGUUGCAGUUUGGCUGCAAUGUGCUGCUGCUGCGUUUUGGAUUGUGUCUUCUAGGGAAUCCUCCCACUACACUAUACACACAGCUUCUACUGAUCUUUUUGUCUUGAUUCUUGAUGUUUUCUUUGUACAUUUUUAUAAAGUUUUGAUUGAGUGUUUGCUAUUUCUGAUUUUGUUACAUUUGGUUGUUGUUUUGUAAUUACAUUCUUAUUCUUUUGUAUAUUAGUUAUUUCCCUGUUCUGAGUAGUUUUGACUAUCAUCGAAAA